UCACAUAAUACAUUCAUAAAUUUAUUUUUUUAAUUUGACUACUGUUUCUAAAUUCAUAUAAUAUAUUUCUACUUUGUUUGAUCAUUUCUAUUUUAACACUUGGUGUGGUAUAUAAAUAAUACGUUAAUUUAUUUUGUCCAAUCAUACUAAGUGUUCAUCAUCAGUGGCCCAUUCGCUGCGGAUUUACGAUUCACAAAGAGGGAGUUCUUGCCGAAUCUGACUUGACACGAGACCCGUAUACUUACAAAAAGACCGUCAAAAUGUCUUCGGGAAUCAAGGUAAAGGAUGAAUGCAAGGCAACUUAUGAAGAAAUGAAGAGUGGACACAAGCACAGCUAUGUAAUAUUCAAAAUUGAUAAGGACAUGAAAAAUAUAGUAGUAGACUGUGUGGGGAGUCUGGGUGAAUCGUACGACAGUUUCUGUGAAAAAUUAAUUGAAGCUGGUAAUAAUGCAGAGGGACGAUAUGCUGUCAUCGACUGCGAGUAUGCGAAGGCUAAAACUUCCAAACUGGUCUUCAUGAUGUGGCUCCCAGACAAUCAGUUGGGGAUUAAACAAAAGAUGAUCUACUCGUCAAGCAAAAAAGCGUUAAGAGAGAAGCUUCAGGGCAUAGGGAAAGAAAUGCAAUGUAACGAUACGGACGAUCUCGCAUGGUCUAAUCUAGUUGAAAAAUGUCAGAGCAAAUAUGACUGAAGCAUUUCAAAAUGUAGUACUUGUUAUCUUUAGGGUGAUAUGCAAAGUCAUUUAAACAUGUAACAUAUUCCAUUACUUGCUCAUUUAUAUAAAGCUGACCUAAAUGAGAUUUUGUGUACUUGCUAGCCAAAUAAGUCAUGCCAAGUUAUUUCAACAUUUUUCAGCAAAUAAAAUUUGUUAGAAGAUAUGUUGUGUUUAAUGAAACCUACACGUCACUAUACGACGCAACAAUACAAACAUCAAAAACAUACUAUAUACGGUAAAGUUAAUGGACGGGGUUUUUUUUUUUUUUUUUACUUUUUUAUAUUUUUUACUGAAAAUACUGUUUUCGUUUUCUACACAUGCAAUACAAUCGAAUGAUGAUUAAACUAGAAAUAAAUUGGUAUGGCAAAACUUAAAAACAUGUAAGUUUUUAUUUGUGAAAUGCUGAUGGCUUAUUUAGAAAACUUUAGAAUAGUUUAAUAUACGGUAUUACACAUAGACAUCCCUUAUUUUGCUACUGCAAUUGAUGUAAAGAUUCGUUUAUUUAGCUCUCUAGAACCAUAUUCCGUUGACAACUCCUAACAUCCUGCUCACAUUUUAAGUCAAUGGAAUGAAAAAGGGGUAGUGUUUCAGAAUGUCCAGGACGUGUGCUCACUGUCCUUAACCUUGACCUUGCUAAAUUUCUAAAAUGGACUGGUCUGUCAUUCACUUUGGAAAAUACCAUUCAUUAUUCGAAGGUAUGUUCGCUGAAAAUUUACUGGCUGAAUACCAUGAUCACCCUGUACGAAUCUUGUCGGCACUGGUCCCAACGGCAGAAUCACUUACCCCCUGCGGGCUAAAGGUCAUGUGACAGAUAUUUACAACGAUGGAACGCAGGUCCUGGUUCCUACCAGAGCAGAACAUUGCACUUUUUCAUUCCUUUGAAAACAACAUUAAUGUACAAUUUUCAGAAAAGUGGUCUGGGUAGUCAGAGGAAUAGAGUCUGGGUGUUGUGCUUAAAUUUUUUUCUUGUGUAAUGAAUAUAUGUUACAAUACAUGGAAAUGAGAUUUUAACUGUAGGAAUUAAUAGUAGAUGGUAUAAACGUGUGUGAGAAAAUUGUCUGUACGAAAUACCGGUAAAAGUGUUGUUGAUUUUAAGUGUAAUAUUAACAGCUUUGAAUAGCCUGUAAACAGUUUAAUGGUAGCAAGUUAGAGAUACUUGUUGUAUCAGGCAAAAUCUAUAAUACAGAUAGUAUUCUGGCUUAGUAGAUAUUUUUUUUUACAUUUUGGUAACAGUCUCCUAUAUCACGAAUACUUCUUCAGUAUAAGUGAAAUUGACAUGGGCUAGUUAUCUCAUUAACAGUUAAUUUGUAUGUUGUUACCUCAGUAUGGUUAGUGUUAAGGAACAUAUCACCCAUAAUUUACACGUUUAGUUUGAAAAUCCUGUGUAUGCUUGCUAGGCUUAGUGAAUAAAAUGAAAAUUGUGUGUAAUUUAGUAUUAUUAUUAUCAUACUUUAAUUAAACAAAAAACAAGUAUGUCAGAAUACAGAUCAAUUUACCACGAAUGUGUGCAGUGACUUGAAAAUGUGACAUUUGAUAUUCUUUUUCUUUGGAGGUUGUGUUUAGUAAUUGAAGUUUUUGUAGUAAUAAAUUUAGGAACUAUAAGUGAAAUUCUAAAAGGUUUUUAAUGUUUUUGAACUCUUUUGCCUAAAAUAAUACUAGUAUACGAUAAAUACUGUGUUUAGCUCUCGUCCUGCUGCAUGUUCUCUUCUAGUCAGUUGUAGAAUAAAAUGAGAACUUCGAUCAGUUGCCUAAUGUUGUUAGGUACAGUAAAGAUUUAGACACAAUAGAAAAAAAAAUGAAAAAAAGACAACAAAGAAUUGAAUGAACUUGAAUGUUAAAAUAAAAUGCUGAUAUAACAUUUGUAUAUCAUUUGUAAAUAGACUAUAAUGCCAAAGUUCUGUAUAGAAUGUGCAUGUAUUAGUUGAUUGUUGUACACGUAUGAACUGUGAAUGUAAUUUACCAUUUAGAAAUUGUUCAAUUUACACAUUUCAUCAAUUUAUACAUGAAAUGUGAAGUUUUUUUUUAUAAAAUCUUAUUUAUAAAUGAUGAAAGCAGGUUGAUAUUUUACUAGAUCAGAUUUAAGAUAGACAUAUUGCUGCAUAAAAAUUCAUAUUUGUACAAAGUGAAAUAUAUCGUCAAAAAAUUUAGCAAUAAAAACAGUUCGGGUCAUUUUUAGCUAAUUUGAAACAAAUGUUAGUAUUAGUGGAUGGUUCUUUGUCCAUAGUUUUUAUUUCUACUAGGAUUCUGGUAUAGACUUUUCUCAAGUUUUGUGAAAUGGUUUUAUUUGAAUAAACUAAGAGACCGGCAGAAUUUAAAAUGAAAAGAAACCUUCAAACGAGUUGUCACGAAAUACUUGGUAGAUUCAGCAUACUUUUCUCAAGUUUGUUCUUUGUCAGUAUGCCAUUGGAUGGACUUUCUCGACCAUUUCAGAUGGUUCCGCUUUACUACUUCUUUCUUGUACGUGUCAUUUCUGUCAUAUAUUUUAAAUUAUUUUUCGUAUUGAUUAGGAACUGGUUCCUGACACGAUACAAUUUGUCUUAACAUUUCCAGGGUCAGUGCCAAGUGAUCGGCUUGGGGUCGUCUUGCGGUUAGUUUGGUCUAAAUUUUCAUUCACGAAAUCACAUUAUGGUUUGUCGGAGAGGUAAGAGAGAGCAUUUGUUCGGACAUGACUUGUUAAACCUUCAAGUAGAUUGAGCCUCUGCUUCAUUAAAAUGGAGGUAAAUAGAUAUAGUUGGAUAGCAUGUUAUCAUACCAGGAACCUAUUUGGGAAACUGUCCAUGGCCGAACUACAUCAAUUGUUAUUCUUUCAGAAAAUAUAGCUUGUACAGAUGUACACACAUAUUUUCGAAGUAGACAUAAUCACCAAGACAAAAGAGGUAUUAGGAAAAUUUAACGAACCUGUAGGACGAUUUUUCUGUUUACAGAAUCAGUAAUGUAUGCUGUCAUGGUAAUUUUGAUGUGAAAUGAAUAUAAUGGAACAUUUUUGAUGCAUGACUACACAUUUCGCAACUCCAUUGCUAUGAAUUGAAGUAUGGAAAUUAUUAAAUUUGUUCAAUUAAAACAAUAACAACUUC